CACUUUGUAGAUCUUCGAUUAGUGGUUUGAAUUUACACUUGAUAAUUGAAAAUUCACUGUAAACAACUUAUCAAAUAUGUUUGUUCUUAAAAAGGCCAGUUGAAAACCUUACAAGAAACAGAUCAAGAAAACCUAUGAUAUUUCGAUGCGUCUUCAUCUCCUCUUUCCAACGGUGAAAACCGCAGCUAUCUAUCUUGCUUCUAUCAAAAGUUAUUUAAAAAAUACUCACUCGUAUUUUUUCAAAAUUAGUAUGAAUACAACCGGCACAUAACCAGCCAAAAUAUGUUUUAAAGAUAAUUUAAUAUUAUGAUAUUAGUUGAAGUACGAUCAAAUAGCAUAGAAAGACACAGCUUUUUUUCUCUAUCAGAUUAUAUAGACGAAAGUUACUUUAAGCCUAUUAUACGGUAGCGUCACUACCCGUACUUUUGGUAUGCCCUAAGUAACUAAUACUGCCGAAAACAUAAAUGUUCUGUUUUUCUAAAACAAACUUCGUUUUUAAUUGAUAAUAUAUAAAAGCUAUAUAUACCAUAAUGAGUCUUAAUUUACUUGCUAUUUCUUAAUAUUCUUACAUCUUAACGCCUUUAAUACUUGAUAUAUGCACAGUUUCAAGAAUCAUGAUGCAAAAUACAUUUUUGUUAUGUGCUAAUCUCUUCUUCUGAAAUACUUAAAGACGGAAGUAACAAAUCUUAGUUUACUUUCUUCGCUUAGAGGGUUGACUCGUAACCAGAAGAUAUAAUAGUUUUUUAUUUACUUAGAAAGUUUUGAAUUUUUUUCAGAAUACAAUAAAAUAAGACUUCUCCCAGAAUAUAUCACAUAGACGUAAUCAUUCCUUGUUUCGUUUUAAAUAUUCAAUAUGUGCACUCUUGCAAAGCUGCUCAUCUCACCAUCUCGUACGUUACUUCUGUUUACUCGUUCUCUAUAGAUUCGUCCAUCUUCGAAAAAUUACUUUUGUGAUCCUACACUUCUCACAAAUUACAUUGAUCAAAAAAUAUAAACUUUUACGGUGUUUUUAGCAGUGUUUUUGUGUAUUUUCCAUGUCUCUAUUUAGAACGUUAUUCUCGCCAAUUGAAACAUUUAAUCGAUAUACUGAUCUAUGAUGAAUUUCUAACUCAAUACAAACGUAUCACCUCCUACAAUCAACUUGGUAUCGUAAAUUUCCUAGCUAUCUCGGUAUGGAAUACUCAACAUGGUUAUGUCCAAGUUCUUCUUCAACUUCGACCCGAAUUUCAUGCACCUAAUGGCUAUUUACAUGCUGGAUUAGUUGUAACUCUCGCUGAUACCGCAUGUGGGUAUGGCACAUUUGAAUCAAAACCGGCCAAUGCUCUCUCAUUUACCACAAUAGAAAUAAAAGCAAAUUUUUUGGGAUCAGUAAGAGAAGGAUCGAUUUUAUGA